AAGUAUGCCUGUUUUCUCCUGCAGGUUGGAAAAGAGACUGUGCAGACAACAGAAGACCAGAUCUUGAAAAGGGAUAUGCCACCAGCAUUUAUCAAAGUGGAGAACGCCUGCACCAAGCUGGUGCGGGCAGCCCAGAUGCUGCAGGCAGACCCCUACUCAGUCCCAGCUCGUGAUUAUCUCAUCGAUGGCUCCAGAGGAAUCCUUUCUGGAACAUCAGACCUGCUCCUGACAUUCGAUGAAGCAGAGGUCCGUAAAAUCAUCCGUGUCUGCAAAGGAAUAUUGGAGUAUUUGACUGUGGCAGAAGUGGUAGAGACAAUGGAGGAUCUGGUGACUUACACGAAGAAUUUAGGGCCAGGAAUGACAAAGAUGGCCAAAAUGAUUGACGAGCGACAACAGGAAUUAACUCAUCAGGAACAUCGGGUUAUGCUGGUAAACUCCAUGAAUACAGUCAAGGAGCUAUUGCCAGUACUUAUUUCAGCUAUGAAGAUUUUUGUAACCACAAAAAAUUCUAAAAGCCAGGGAAUAGAAGAGGCCUUGAAAAACCGCAAUUUCACAGUAGAGAAAAUGAGUGCUGAGAUAAACGAAAUAAUUCGUGUAUUGCAACUCACUUCCUGGGAUGAAGAUGCCUGGGCAAGCAAGGACACUGAAGCCAUGAAGAGAGCUUUAGCCUUAAUAGAUUCAAAGAUGAAUCAGGCAAAAGGUUGGCUGAGAGAUCCAAAUGCACCUCCAGGGGAUGCUGGUGAGCAGGCCAUAAGGCAGAUCCUUGAUGAAGCUGGCAAAGCAGGAGAGCUGUGUGCAGGCAAGGAGCGCAGAGAGAUCCUGGGCACCUGCAAAACCCUGGGGCAGAUGACGGAUCAGCUGGCUGACCUGCGGGCCAGAGGACAGGGUGCCACCCCCAUGGCCAUGCAGAAAGCCCAGCAGGUGUCCCAGGGGCUGGACCUGCUCACUGCCAAGGUGGAGAACGCAGCCCGCAAGCUGGAGGCCAUGACCAACUCCAAGCAGGCAAUUGCUAAGAAGAUUGAUGCUGCUCAGAAUUGGCUUGCAGAUCCCAAUGGGGGCAGUGAAGGGGAGGAGCACAUUCGGGGCAUUAUGGCUGAGGCAAGGAAAGUUGCAGAAAUGUGUGAGGAGCCUAAAGAGAGAGAUGACAUCCUUCGUUCCCUGGGGGAGAUCUCUGCUUUGACAGCCAAGCUGUCAGAUCUGCGCCGACAUGGGAAAGGUGACUCUCCUGAGGCUCGUGCUUUGGCUAAGCAAAUAGCGACAUCACUUCAGAAUUUACAGUCCAAAACAAACAGGGCUGUAGCAAAUACAAGGCCAGUUAAAGCAGCUGUCCAUUUGGAGGGCAAGAUUGAACAAGCUCAGAGGUGGAUAGACAAUCCCACAGUUGCUGAUAGGGGAGUAGGCCAGGCUGCCAUCCGCGGGCUGGUUGCCGAGGGCCGGCGCUUGGCCAACGUCAUGAUGGGCCCGUACCGGCAGGAGCUGCUGGCCAAGUGUGACCGCGUGGAGCAGCUCUCUGCCCAGCUGGCCGAGCUGGCUGCCCGCGGCGAGGGGGAGUCCCCGCAGGCCAGGGCCAUUGCAGCUCAGCUCCAGGACUCGCUCAAGGAUCUUAAAGCACGAAUGCAAGAAGCAAUGACCCAGGAAGUUUCUGAUGUUUUUAGUGACACCACAACUCCUAUUAAAUUGUUAGCUGUAGCAGCCACUGCUCCCUCUGAUGCUCCCAACAGAGAUGAGGUUUUUGAUGAAAGAGCAGCAAAUUUUGAAAACCAUGCUGCUAGACUGGGAGCUACAGCAGAAAAAGCAGCUGCAGUUGGAACUGCCAAUAAAAGUACUGUGGAGGGCAUUCAGGCAACAGUGAAAUCAGCAAGGGAACUCACCCCACAGGUAGUAUCAGCAGCUCGUAUCCUCUUGAGAAAUCCUGGAAAUCAAGCUGCUUAUGAACAUUUUGAGACCAUGAAAAACCAGUGGAUUGAUAAUGUAGAGAAAAUGACAGGGUUGGUGGAUGAAGCCAUCGAUACUAAAUCUCUGUUGGAUGCAUCAGAAGAGGCCAUUAAGAAGGACCUGGACAAAUGUAAAGUUGCAAUGGCCAACAUGCAGCCUCAGAUGCUGGUAGCUGGUGCCACCAGCAUUGCCAGGCGAGCAAACCGCAUCCUGCUGGUCGCAAAGCGGGAGGUGGAAAAUUCUGAAGACCCCAAAUUUCGGGAGGCUGUUAAAGCAGCCUCUGAUGAGCUGAGCAAAACUAUAUCACCCAUGGUAAUGGAUGCUAAAGCUGUGGCAGGCAACAUUUCUGAUCCUGGUUUGCAGAAGAGUUUCUUGGAUUCUGGAUACAAAAUUCUGGGAGCUGUGGCCAAAGUCAGAGAAGCCUUCCAGCCUCAGGAACCAGAUUUUCCUCCUCCUCCUCCUGACCUUGAGCACCUUCAUCUGACUGACGAGCUCGCUCCUCCGAAACCACCACUGCCAGAGGGGGAGGUUCCCCCACCCAGACCACCACCACCUGAAGAAAAGGAUGAAGAGUUCCCAGAGCAAAAGGCAGGAGAAGCAAUCAAUCAGCCCAUGAUGAUGGCUGCAAGGCAGUUGCAUGAUGAAGCCCGGAAAUGGUCUAGCAAGGGCAACGACAUCAUCGCGGCGGCGAAGCGCAUGGCGCUGCUCAUGGCCGAGAUGUCGCGCCUGGUGCGCGGCGGCAGCGGCAACAAGCGCGCCCUGAUCCAGUGCGCCAAGGACAUCGCCAAGGCCUCCGACGAGGUCACCCGGCUCGCCAAGGAGGUGGCCAAGCAGUGCACGGACAAGCGCAUCAGAACCAACCUCCUGCAGGUCUGUGAGCGAAUCCCAACCAUCAGUACGCAGCUGAAAAUUCUCUCCACUGUCAAAGCUACCAUGCUGGGCAGAACUAAUAUCAGUGAUGAAGAGUCGGAACAGGCAACUGAGAUGUUGGUUCAUAAUGCCCAGAAUCUCAUGCAGUCUGUGAAGGAAACUGUGAGAGAAGCUGAAGCAGCAUCCAUUAAGAUAAGAACAGAUGCUGGAUUCACUCUUCGCUGGGUCAGAAAGACCCCAUGGUAUCAGUAAAUACCUGCCACAUUAGUAUUGUUUUCUGUAACAUAAAAUCCCUUUUUUUGGAAACAGAAGAGAUCUAUUAACAGCAGAAGGUGCUGUAUACAUGAGCUUAAGAUUAGCUUAUGCUAAUGCCCCAUUCUAAGGGUAUGAAUUAUAAGAUAAUGCAUUUCAAGUGUCUUUGAAACACAUUUGAUAUCCAACACCUCUAAUUUGCUGCCAACAGUAGACAGUUCUUAUAUUUAAUAUUUUUUCUUUUUGUUUCCUUUUCAAGAUUCUUAGUGAAUUCUGUACUUCCAGAAGCACAUUUCAUUUAUGCACUGUAUGUUCCAGUAAUUUCCAUGUGAUGAUAUAAAACAUGGACCUCACUGUAAGCUUGUCUUGAGAGUUUAGGACACUUGGUUACUUGGCAGUUUUUUAGGGACAAUCAUUGACACACAAACAUUCAACUUCUCAACGGGACUUUAUCUGGCUAUUCUAAAACCAUGCAGAAAUGAUGGAAGGUGUGGGGUUUUUGAUUAAAAGAGGGAAGGUGAGGCAGCAGAACAGUUGUAAACUGAGGAUUAAAGCUCCAUGUCUGCAAUGCUUUUUGCUUUUGAUUCUUGCCUGGCAACAGUACUUUACCAGAAACUGGAGCUCUCUCUGUUCCCCUCCUGUCACCCUGUAGGUAGGCAUUCCAGAACUCUCGUACUGUACUGAAAGGUUUUGCAGAUUUUGUUAGUGGCACACUGUUGACAGCUUGAGCCUUAAGGCUGGAGACCUUAAAUCAUGGAACUCUUUGCUUGCUCAAUUCAGCACUGUAUUGAGCUGAAAAAUCCUGGUUCUGUUAACUUAGCUGCAUGUCCAGGACCAGAAAAUGCCACAUGCUGGCUCUUUCUUUUGAAAACCAAAUGAGCACAUGCAAUUAUUCUUAUUUCCCUCAUCCCUCCAUCGAAUGUUAUUCCAGCUGCUCAAGGUGAAAAUUAAAAGAUAGAGCUAUUCAGUUUAAAAGCACCUUUAGGCUGAUUGCUCUUCUUUCUAACAGUGCAUAAGCUUCUUGAAACCUGAGCUCUGCAGGGGCAUGAAACCCUCUUUAGGUAAGCUGGUGCCUACCAGCAAAUGGUGGUUCCUAAUGCUGCACAUACCUCAUUAUUUUUACUGCUUGUGGAGUUUGGAGUCUCAAAAUCUUUUUUCAAGUGAAUUGAACAAAGUGUUACUAUACUUAAAAAAAAAAUCCAAAUAAAAUGACAACAAACCCCACCCCCUCCAAAACCCCUCCCCAUACUAAAAUAGACUUAUGAUGUUUUAUCCUUCCAAAAUUGAGUAUGCCUUCAUAUAUAUAUAUAUAUAUAUAUAUAUAUACAUAUUUAUACCCGUUCAUUUAAUGGAAAGGAACACUUAUUUGAGAAUGAGUUUCUAUAUUUGCAAGUACUUGCAGACUUUUGCCUAAAUCAGCACUGACCUCAUAAUGCCCUCAUAAUUUGCUGAGAAUUGUUGCACGAUCAAACGACCUUGAAUAGAAGUGUCCUUGGGGAAAAACUUUUCAGUCUUAACAGCUCAAAGGAAGAGACACAGCACACUCAGCUGUCCUCUACCUGCCUGCCACAGUUAUUCUGUGCUUGGACCUUCUCCCCUCCACCCCCUUCAUUGCACUGUUAUCUAAAAAGGGAAGUUAAACUGAUGAUAAUACAACUGUCUCAAACUGACCUCAGCAAGAGAAGGCUUGUUCUUCUUGAAUUUGCUCCUUGUGUCUGGGUAUCAUGAAAUAUUUGGUACUUAGGAUCUUUCCUUAGUACUCUCUUCUUGCAGUUACCUGCAACAGGAGGAGGAAGGAAGGGGUGCCAGAGCCUUAACCUGGAUGCAUUUGGUUGGUUUUUAUCAGAUCUUUAGCCUAAUUUUAAUGUAGUAAUUUCUAUUUAAUAGUACAUAACACUGAAUACAUAGGGAUUAUUUUAAAGGGAUUUUCUAAAUAGUCUUCCUGUAUUGCUUUCCAAUGCUCCUCACAUCCCCUCAUCCUGCUCCUGUCAUCCAGGCUUCUCUGUGAGAUUUUUUUUUAAUUAUGAUUAUUAUUAUUUUAGCAUCACUGUUUAGUUGCUUGAAGGAUAUUAAUGCAAUAUUACUAAUGCCUUUAAUACAUAAUUGUUUAUGCCAAAGAUCACUUUUUGUUUCUUGAGGAAUGUUUGCAGGAGAAUUAUGAAUCAUGGUUGCCUUUGAUAUUCUUCCAGAAUGUUUGCUCUAAGUUCUCGAACUAUUUAUAGAAGCCGAGAUACUUGACCACCUUAUGCAAUUUCUGCAUUUUUGAACACUAUUGGUCUUCAGACCUGAUGUGCAGCAAAAAUUUGAACAAGACCAUGAAUGUCACUUAGAAAUGUUUUACCACUAUAAAACUUUGUUUAUAAACCAAAUGUAUUGUAUAGUCUAAUGUUUUCAACCUUUCUUUGGUUCUGUUAAAACAAUAAAAAUGCAUUUGUACAAAAAUCAGCUUCUGAGUGUUCAUGAUAACAGCAGUACCAAGAAGAGCAGCAAAAAGCUAAAGCAAAAGAACAGUUGUUUCUACAUGUUCUGAACAGAAAGAAAGUGCAGUUUCUCAAACAGGAGAAGAUUAAACAAAGGUUUUUGUCUCUUGUGCCUGUCAAACUAGUAAUUAAAGAAUUUAGUGGAAGCUGUGUUCAGUGGUAGAGAACAGGAGAUUUUCCUGAGACCUUACAGUGAUCUGCUGUAUUGUGAAAACUUAAAAUGGGGUUGGCCUGGUGCUGUCGAGGGAAGAACUGCUACUCUGACCAGCAUCUUGUUAAUGUGAGUUUUACUUGCUAAAGUGAAUGCAGGGGUGAUGAGUAUGGAACCACUGUUGUAUUUCCUUCACUCCAUCACUGUAAGAACAUCUUAUAAACACUUCUUCUUACUAAAAAUUUCUACCCGCACACAGUGUUCUGACUUGUUGGAACCAAUGUUUAUUGGUACUGUAGGACCAACCAUAGCCUCAUAGUCCCAGAGUAUUUAGUAAUAAUUGGUAAAAUCCAGAGUUUUGUACUAUUCACAGUUCUCUCCAUAUCUGAAAGAAGAUGAGACCCUGACAGACAACUACCUUUGUCAGCAGUCCCAGAGCUGGACAUGAGGAGAAGGGGAGAUCAGGACUUUGCAGUGUAAUUCCUUGCUAAUAAUACUGUCUGAUUCCCUAAACUCUGCUCUUCAGAGAAGUGCUAGUACAUUAGUUUUUUCAAACAGAAGAAGAACACAGGCCCCCUUCUGCAGUUGAGCUUCAUGUGUUUGGAGAUGCAGAGGGCACCAGCACAUGUACAAGAAAGGUUCUGGCCUCACACACCUGCAUCCAUCUCCUUGACAAAACACAGUGGCAUGCCUAGAGUGGUUUCCUGAAGGUGAGUGCAGUUCUUGCUGACAGUGAGUUGUGGUGAGGAGCUGGCCUUUCCCCUGCUGUGGGAGCCUCCCUGGUGCCCGAGGUCCUGGGGUGGGCAGGGCUUCUUCAGUCACACGUGGGAGGCAGCGCUGGGCUGGGACUGGAGCUCUGACACUUCUGUAUGUCCUAGCUCAGGAAAGGUGUCAGCUCUGAAAGGCCAUGGGGCAGCAUUUCCAGGCUGCUCAUGCAGAGAGCACCUCCAGCUGCUCAGAUGUCAGCUUGGGAUGCUACCUGUUAGCUCUGAAAACAAGAUUUCUCCUACAAGUACAGUAACUGAAGGAUGCCAUUUGCUGAAACACAGGCCACUGGUUCUUCGAAGUGCUGUUUUAUCUACUGUAAUUGUAGAAAUUCAAAAUGGUUGUUUAUGGCCAAGUUUACCCUAAUGAUAUUACUGAAGUUACAGAUAGACUGUAUGCCCAUUUCCUUCCUUACUGACUUGCUGCCAGGGUUCAGAUGGAUUUCCCCCCCUCUUUCCAGACUGAUAAUUUUUGCCUCAGUAUUUGAAAUUUUAACUAAGUGACUUUGCUUCAGAUGAAGAGUUGGAACCAAAGCCAGAACCUACUCAUUGAUUUGUAAGCCAAACAGGAUAGACAAACAAAGGGUCUCCACUAUCACAGCCUUAAUUAAUACUGACCAAAUGCAUGGUUUGGAACCUGAUAGCUACUCUGGAGUAGGCGUUGGUUUAGAGAGAUGGUUUUGUUGGUGUAUAACAGGAAGUUCAGUCAGCUUUGCUCUGACUGUUGAGCCUUUGAAAUAUCAUAAAUAAGUACCUGUCCUCCAUUUAAAAAUAAGGAAUAUGAAAGGGACCUUCCCUAUUGUGUUAUUAACAGCCUUUUAAAACUCUGAGCAGCUGCACAGUGCUCAAGUUCAGUAAAGAUGUAGCAAAUAGUCAUUGAUUAAUAGUGUAUCAGAUGCCUCCUGCUGAAGAGCCCCAUGAAUUGUUGACAAGAGCAUGAACAUUUCAUAAGGUGAGACGUAGUUGCAGUGGAGUUCCCUUUAUUUCAGAACAUUAAAGCACACAACCAUUAAAUACACUUGACACUUCUACUGUGCUAUCUAAAAAGCUACGCUCGAAGGUACACGCUGCACAGACCUGGUGGCAUCCACUUCAAACAAGUGGAACAUCUAAAUCAAAGCAAAGGCUUCACAUAAAAAAUAGAUCUUGCUCUCUGCAACUGUAUUCUUAAAAAAAAUGAUGGGGAUGAUGGGAUUGAAUGGAAAGAAAGUGGAUUACUGAAGCAACAAUCACCUCCCAGAUUUAAUGCAGGAUGUUAUUUUUAUCAGCUCAUCUGCUGCUGGCAGAAAUGAAAGCUGAUUAAG